UCAGAGUCCAGAACCAGAACCUGAGCGGGACGCUGUGCUGUGGACCUUCAGAACCAGUCCUGUCCCGUUAAACGAACCACGUGAUCCGGUCUGAGUGACGUCAUCGCUCUGUCACGUGAGGACAUCAGCUGAUGAGUCGCAGAACCAGCUGUUCUGGUCCAGACCUAGGAAGACCUUUUCCUCCUUCAGUCACGAGUUUUUCAUUUCCUGCUCUGACUCCGUGGUUCGGUUGGGUUCGGAUGCAGCCGGGUCCAACAUGUCCCGCUUGGAGCAGCUGCAGCAGGGUCUGGACUCUGCGGGACAGGCUCACGUCCUGCGGUUCUGGUCGGAGCUGAGCGAGGAGCAGCAGGAGGUCUUCCUGCAGGACCUGGUUCUGUUGGACCUGCAGAACCUGAAGGAGCACUGCGAGGCGGCCCGCCGGGCCGCCGCCGCCCCGCCCUCCCGCUCACUGGACCGGGACAUGGAACCGGUUCCCCCCGACAUCAUCGGCAGCGUGAAGAGGAGCGACCCCCAGUCCCUCAGCCGCUGGGAGGACGAAGGAUUGUUGCAGAUCUCCAAGAACCGGGUCGCGGUUCUGCUCCUGGCUGGAGGUCAGGGGACCCGACUGGGAGUUCCGUACCCCAAAGGGAUGUUUGACGUGGGCCUGCCGAGUCACAAAACCCUGUACCAGAUCCAAGCCCAGAGGAUCCACAAGGUCCAGGAGCUGGCUGAGGAAAGACACGGGUCCAGAUGUACCGUCCCCUG